GGUGUGUGUAUGAGAUUUAUAAUUCCUGAACUGCUCGAAUGUGUAGGCGCUCACGCCACAAACAAGGUAGCUAAACACGUCAGGAAUAGUAAUUUGUGGUAGCUCGUUAAAAUCACCUGUCCACUCAUGAUGUUCGUACGGAUCAAGCCCAUUAAUUCCCUCAAUUUUCUCAAGGUAGCGUUCCUUUGCUUCUUUGUUUAGCUUAUCGCGGUAAGGUAUCUUGCACUUGCUCUUCGCACGGUCCAUUUAUGUUUUGAUAGAGUGUCCUAAAACAUGGCGGCCGCUACCCAGCAUGCAACGCGCCAUGACGUAGUUGCCCACACUCUAUUUGUAACACUCAAGCAAAGGACAGUCAGUGAGCUCAGGUUGUUGAAUACACCUUAAGGAAAAAAAACAACAGAACGUCAUUGAAAAAAAACGUAAAAACGUUAAAAUAAUAUGAAGCAGCGCAUGCGCAGUGCAGGUAAGAAGCACGAAUCGAUGGGUCGCACAACUCGACAGAACACCUGGUCAGGCCGAGAAUUCCCACCGCAUUCCUCGAGUCCACAGCCUCCACACGUGCCGCCAGAAAGAUACUUCAAUUCUUCUCUCCUGUCUGAAGUUUGUCUCCACAAACAACCAAAAGGUGAAGCCUGAGGCAUUCAGAAGAAUCUCCAAUAUCUGCAAACGCUGUUGAGUACAUCUAACAAUGAAGCCAAGUCCAGUAGGGGAGGAAACUCCCCACUGUUCAGAGUGCGGAAAGAAUUUUACUACACAGCGUAAUCUCAUUAUACACCAGCGCAUUCACACAGGAGAGAAACCGUAUCAGUGCUCGGAGUGUGGGAAGAGUUUUAAUCAAAUGAGUACUCUCAAAACACACCAUCGCACUCACACAGGAGAGAAACCGUAUCACUGCUCAGAUUGUGGGAAAAGUUUUGGUCAUCAGACUAAUCUUAAACACCACCAGCGCAUUCACACAGGAGAGAAACCCUAUCACUGCACAACCUGUGGGAAGUGUUUUAUUACACAAAGUCUUCUCAACAUACACCAGCGCAUUCACACUGGAGAAAAACCAUAUCAAUGCCCAGAAUGUGGGAAGAGUUUUAUUACACGUGCCGUUCUCAACAUUCACCGGCGCAUUCACACAAAAGACAAAACGUAUGACUGUUCAGUGUGUGGGAAGAGUUUUACUCAACAGGGUAUUUUCAAAGAACACCAGCGCAUUCACAGUGGAGAAAAACCAUAUCAAUGCCCAGAGUGUGGGAAGAGUUUUACUACAUAUUCUCUUUUCGUCACACACCAGCGCAUUCACACUGGAGAGAAACCUUAUAAGUGCUCAGACUGUGAAAAGACUUUUGCUCGACAGAGUAUUCUUAAAGAACACAAGCGCAUUCACACUGGAGAGAAACCGUAUGAAUGCCCAGAGUGUGGGAAGAGUUUUGUUGUACUGAGUUCUGUCAUCGCACACCAGCUCACUCACAAAAAAAAGAAAGAGCAUCAAGAUUCGGAGUGUGAGACUAGCUCUAUGCAUUUAGAUACAAUAGAUUCCACUCAUUUCAGCAUUCCAGGUACUCAAUGCAGAUAUUAAAAUAGAGUGAAGGGGCGACUGAAGACAAAACAAAACUUUUCUCUUAAGCUGUGUUCCAGUGCACUGAUACAAGGCCUUGGAGACUGGUUGGGGACUGAUGUUCUGCUGAAUGCUGUUUUAUUAGGACACUUUUACUGUUUUGGAAAGAACUGAGGAAGAAGAAGAAGAAGUGAGAUUGGUAAAAAGAGCAUGUAUGAACUAUGGAAUAUCAAGCUAUCUGAAUGAUCUGUUCGUAACCUUUCCUCAGAAUGGAAGCAAUUAGAAAGGUGUCAAUUUCAUAAAAACAGUGGGAGAAGCUUUUUGAUUUGCUUUGCAGCAUGGAUCCAUUAUUUGACGCUGCUGACUUAGCCACGUUCUGAUAGAUUCUGUCCAGUGAUUUCCUAUGUAGUUAUCAGUGUAAAGGUCUAAAAAGCUUUGAAUACUAAUCAUAAAAUGACCAUCUGUGGUUGUAAUAUAGCAAAAGUAUUAUCGUAAUGAUAUUUUUAUUUACAUGUAGUUUACACAAACCAGUUAUUGCUUAGAUCUUGUGUUUAUUAGUUUGGGAGAAGGGUACCGAAGUGUGCUCUCAAGCUGUCGCUGUGCUGUUAGUUCUCUCUUUCUCUUGCUAUAACCCAAUCUGUAAUCCUUUCUCUCUCUCACUCGCUUUGUUUGUAUGACAUGACACAUAUAGAAUUAACAUUAUGCAUAUUGUAAAUUGUGAAGUUGUAUCUGAAAACUGUAUAAAUAAAAUGUUGAAUGGUA